AUGGGGAAGCGAGUAGAAGAGCAUCUAGCGAUGCUUCUUGGAGACCUCGGAGAGGUGACAGUACAGGAACAGAACCUACAGAAUAUUCUGAACGGGCGCCUGGAGAGUCCGCUGCAGGAGCAUCCUCAAAGCCCUCUAAAAUGGCCCGCAGAGAAACUUCAGAUACAUAUGGAGAAGUCAGUAGACAAGAAUCUAGAGAAGCUUAUUGGAGACCUCGGAGAGUUGACCAUACCGAAACGGAGCCUACAGAAUAUUCUGAAGGACCACCUGGAGGUCCCGCUACAGGAGCUCAAUCGAAGCCUUUUAGAUGGGCUCUCAGAGAACCUUCAGAUAUAUAUGGAGAAGGAAGUAGAAGCGAAUCUAGAGAUGCUUCUUGGAGACCUUGGAGAGAUGACCGUACAGGAAAUGAUCAUACAGAAUAUUUUGAAGGAGCACCUCGACAAUCAGCUUCAGAAGCUUCCUCGAGCCAUUCUAAACUGGCUCCCAGAGAACCUUCAGAUACAUAUGGAGAAGUCAGUAGAAGCGAAUCUAGAAAUGCUUCUUGGAGACCUUGGAGAGGUGACCGUACAGAAACGUAUCCUCCAGAUUAUUCUGGAGGGCCUCGUGGAGAGACCGCUACAGGAGCUUCCUCGAGCCCUUCUGAAAUGGCCCGCAGAGAACCUUCAGAUACAUAUGGAGAAGAAAGUAGAAGAGAAUCUAGAGAUGGUUCUUGGAGACCUUGGAGAGGUGACAGUCCAGGAUCUCAUCCUACAGAAUAUUUUGAAGGGGCGCCUGGAGAAUCAGCUUCAGCACCUCACCCAAAGCCUUCUAAAAUGGCCCGCAGAGAAGCUUCAGAUAAAUAUGAAGAAGCGAGUAGAAGAGCAUCUAGAUUCACCUCUUGGAGACCUUGGAGAGACGACCGUACAGGAACUGAUCCUACAGAAUAUUCUGAAGGAGCGCAUGGAGAGACCGCUACAGGAGUUUCCUCGAGCCCUUUUAAAAUGGACAGCAGAGCACCUUCAGGUACACAUGGAGAAGGAAUUAGAAGAGAAUCUAGCAAUGCUUCUUGGAAACCUCGGAGCGGUGACCGUACAGGAACUGAGCCUACACAAUAUUCUGAAGGAGCACCUGGAGAGACCGCUACAGGAGCUUCCUCGAACCCUUCUAAAAUGGCCCGCAGAGAACCUUCAGAUACACAUGGAGAAGGAAGUAGAAGAGAAUCUAGAGAUGCUCCUUGGAGACCUUGGAGAGUUGACCGUACAGAAACUGAGCCUACAGAAUAUUCUGAAUGGCCGCGUGGAGAGAACACUACAGGAGCUUCCUCGAACAUUUCUAAACUGGCCCGCAGAGAAUCUUCAGAUAUACAUGGAGAAGCGAGUAGAAGAGAAUCUAGAGAUGGCUCUUGGCUAA